AUGUUAUCUCAAACUCCACAGCCACGUCGAAGAAUAGGCUACUCAAACAAAAUUGAUCUUAACAGUCCUAGAGCUCUUUCUCCAGCAAGCCCCACUUUUCGGUCACGUUCUCCAAACACCCUUCGUGUAGAAGAUAUAGUCCCAACUUUUUCUGGCUCUCCAGUCAUGCCAACCAAAAAAGGGAAAACAGCUGAUCUUCCCUUUGAAAUAAGAGGGAGCGAUUUCGCGAAUAUCAGCACAAUGCGCAGCUCUGCAGGUUCUCCAUUAAUAGGCAGAGCUUCUGCAGACACUACAGCUUCAAAUUCUGUAAACGUCAGCUUUUCUAAGUUUGGCUCCAAGAUCCAAAAAAAGCUGCUAGAGCUUAGAGAGGAAUUUGAAGGGUUAACGUCACAAGAACCUAACUCUCAUCCUUUAAAUUGGAACAAAACUUGUUUUUCAAAAUCUUAAUGAGAACAAUAAUUUUAUGAAUUAGUUCUGGCCUAAUUUAAUGAAAGUGCAAGUGAAAUACUAUUUAAACAGUUUUAAUUGAAUCAAUUUCAAUUAUUUCUUGAUAAAAAUAUUAAAUCCGUAAUGCGCUCAAUUUAUAUUUAGAGAAAAAAUUUAAAUAUAGUGACUUACACUAUGUAGCACGGGGCUUUUUGGCUGGAACUUGAGCCAAAAAAAGCCCCGUGCUACAUAGUGUAUUUCACAAUAUAAUUUUUUUUUAAAAAAAUAUAACCCCUCUUUAAAUUGGAACAGGAUUUUUGUUCCAAUUUAAAGGGAGAGAGUAAGGAGUCUAAACUGGAGGUCAGAAUCCCAGCAGCAUUUAAAUUAGAUGAUUCGAAAGGAGUCAAAAUGGCCAUACCUAUUGAAGAAAGUUCUAAAGACCCAUAUGAAUUAAACCUUACAUCAAGCAUCCCACAGUUAAGAUAUUGUGCGUUUUGCAGAGCAGAGGUUGUGAGUGAAAUCGAGUAUGUGAAUGACUCGAAAACUUUCUGGUCUGCCAUUGGGAUAUUUGCACUUGGAGGAGUAUUCGGGUGUUUUAUGAUUCCUUAUAUGAUGAACUCUUGUAAAGGGAGGAAACUCAGAUGCAGAAAAUGUAAAAGGUAUUUUUAG